AUGGCGAAUAGGAACUGCACCGGAGAGAGUCAGAGCAAGAUGCUGCACAUGAUAUUCAACGCCAUUGAGGAAUUCAGAGCCAUCAUUCAAAGAGAGAAGCCCAUGAACACGCCUCCUCAGGAUAUUGACAAUGGCGUGCUCGCCAAUUCAAUGAGAGCAGACUUCGGCUACGCAAGCACUCCAUCUGUGGUGCAUGUGCAUCCCUCUUUUGAUGACUGGCUCUCAACAUGGGCAACACCAGACGACCAAGAUGGCCAGCCUACAUCCUUAACUGACCAAUCACCAAAGGAAGGACAUCUAAAUUCGGAAUCUGGCACUGCAUCUAGCCGGCCGCCGCAGAACGUAAAGUUGAUAAUCGAAGGUCUCCCGCAAGCAGCCCAGAAAGGAAAUGCGACAAGUGAGAUCACCACACCCGCAAACACACCAUUGUAUGAUAUCAUGUUCCAACUCGAUAAGGAAUCCCUACAACCACCUAAACGCGACCGCUCUGACAAUCUUCAAGGACCUGACCGAAUCUGCGGUUUCGCGAUCGUGGAUAACGGAACCAAGGUUGCACCAUUCAUGCCUUGGAGCACCUCAUUCGUGGUGGUCACGGAGGGCCCAAGUUGCUACGACGUUCAGUCUGGGCUCAAGAUCAACCACAACGAGAGUUUGAUCCACUUCUACAAUGGCUGUGUACGCAGACGACUGGAUAUCACGGGAACGAGACAGCCGGUAGUUGAGAAGCUGCAAUCUAGCAUUGUGGUACGGAAUACCUCGGUUUCCGAACGUGCUGCCAGCGUGACGUUCCAAAGAACGUUGCGUCUUCCGGAGCGGUCUUGUCAAACCCCAAGGCAAAACUCGACGAGUCACUAUCUAAUGUACGAAAAGGCUCAAGGUGUCUCAGAGUUCUUGGGUCCAUUUCCUCUUUUCGACACUGAGGCAUACAGAGAUAGGCUUCCGAAGGAAAUGAAACAAAAGGGAGGACUGUUCUUCCCAAUCUUUCAACGAGAGGCACUUGCCUUCUCCUUCGAGAACACCAGCAAGGGUGACAGGCGGGCAUGGGAAGACGAAGGCGAUCAGCAAUUUGCCAUUAAAGUAUACUCCGGCUCCAUCAACUGCGUCUCUGGCCAACAGGUCACCGAUUCCGUGCCACAUGAGCAGGACUACAUAAUCUGUCCUAGACAGAGGAGGCUAGACGGCUUCAAGUCCGCAGACAACGAAACUCGACAAUUUGUGGCGAUGCCUCUUGGCUGGGAGUACUCGGCUGAACACCAAUUGACUGACAAGGAAGACGUAGGCGGAAUCCAGCUACAAAUCGCGCCACGUCUUAGAGAUUGCGUGGAGUUCCGUGCCUUGGAUCACUUAUGGAACUUGGGGCGGGCGUUUAGAUGCUCCGCCACAGCUUCAGAGUUGGGGCUGGCAACUGGUUCUGUCGUCGCCAUGUCCGACUUCGACCCCGACAUAAAGCUCCUGAAUGAGUUUGAGCACUCAUUCACAGACCGCAGCAGGUGGCAGAUUCAUGGCCGGUCCAACCCUCUGCUGUACCCCAUGGAUGAGACUGGUCUGCAUCGCGUCACUACGGUCCAGGACUUGCUUCAGAGACGUGGUGGUCAAAACCUAGGUCCUACCUCGACCUUUCGCCUCCAGCCCGUCCUUUCGGUGGCUAUUGAACUGAAAUUCACCAUCGGAGAUGAAAGGCACCAAUCAGGUGAACUCAAAGCUGGCGUCCCGUAUAUUCAUCCCCCGCCUUUCAUAGACAGUCGCCCUGAUCAAUUCAGGUUCCAAUAUGGGCAAUCACCCAGUUCAGCUGGCUGGGAGAUGUCGCUCGGUGCCGGAGCACGUCUUCUUCAGGAAAUACACCGCGGCAAAGAGCUGACUUGGGACUGGAACAACAGUUGUUUGGUGAACAUUCAGCUACUGAACGCGGCGGCUUUCAAAUCCGUCACGGGUAUCCCGGCUUGGACACCCAUAUCUCUGCUGGAUUAUCGCAAGAAGGGGCGCAUGUUGCGGUUGCCAGUGGUAGCGGAGAGCACAUACGAUUCUGCGACACAAAUUGCUACUACAUGUGAUUUGAAGUCCAUUAGUGCCCUUGACAUAACACUUUCGGACGACAUUAGAUGUAAGCGUCGGGUCAUCACUUGUCCUCAGUGCGAGACGAAUAUGUGCAAUGUUGCACUUUUGCCGUGCAAACACAUCUUCUGUUCAGAUUGCGUGGGCAGUGGCUCCAAGUUCUCCUGCUUUCAGUGUGACAAACGACAUACGGGCCAGGUCAUCUUCUCCGGCGCCAUGGAUUCUCCAUUUGGAAAGUCAGCCAAGAUCACCUCUUCCCGCGCUAUCUCAAAUUACCAGUUACUCAAGCAACUGCGGAGCGUUCCUGGGUACAAUAGUCCACAAACACCGUCGCAGGAAAGCCCCCAGACAGUAGCGACAAAGGUUGCACGGCUGAGCUGGGGAGAUCAGACUCCUUUCUGGUUCAACUUCAUUAUUUCCACCUUGAACAAGACGGAUAAGCAGUCACGGUCGUCAAUGACCAAAAUACUGGCAAUCGAGAAGGCUCGAUCUUCCAACAUACAUCAACUUGAGGCACUACUUCCGCUUCUUUCGAAGGCUGAUUUCUUUAAUGAGAAGGAUUUUCAUCAAACACAGCUACUGGAACUCAUCAGCCUGUCGGUGAACAAUGUGGAUAGCUCCAGGGUACAAAAUCACGGCUGCAGUCCGAGAGCGUCUACAUGCCUCGAGGCUGUGAUCGACUGGAUGGAGACCGAGUCUAUCAGGCCAGACGAGCUGUUACGCUUCGGCGUUGACUUGAAACCAUGGCUUUGUCCCCAGCAGACACCAAGUCUGAAGUGCGUGGCCCGAUUCUUGAAACAAGGUGGCAGGUCGUUUCUCAGAGAUUAUGGGUUCAACCGUGAGGAUCUUCAAAUGCCGGCCUCCCGGAAAGUCAGAGAGUUACUUCUCGAGGACUUUAUAUCCAACGGCUUCGACCUGAACGCUCGCGAUGCACAUGGUCGAACUAUCCUGUGGACUGAACGUCAGCUCACGUACAUGUUGCUGGACAACGGUGCUCGCGUGAGCAUACCGGACAACGACGGCAACACCAUACUUCACUGCCUAGUCCUGAAGCAAGAUCCUACAAGCCUCCAGAACAACCAAGGGCCAUUGGAAACCCUGUUGAACCACAAAAAGGGAAGGGAAGCGGUGAACGUGCGCAACCGGGAUUGGCUGACCCCCUGCCAGCUUGUGCUAGGGAUUGAUGCGAUUCAUUAUUGGGAUAUCUACACGAGACUUUUCGACAACGCUGAGGCUGAUAUCAGAAUCGUCUUUCCAAAAGGUGUUUAUCGAGAUAAACUGACGUACAGCCUGGCGAAGUGGCAAGCCGAGGUGGGAAGUGUUAGUGCGUUCAGGAGGCCAGCUGCUGAGGAACGCCUCUUGAGGGCGCGGCUGGCGAUGUCAUACUCUUGA